UGUAAACAUAUAAGAUUUUUGCUUAUUCAAUUUUAAUUAUUUAAAGCACAAAAAUGUGUUAAUCGUUAUUUUAGUAAUAUUGAAUUUAAUGUCUAACUGAAUACUAUUUGAAGUUUUAUUUUGUAGUUACAUAUAUUUCAUAUAAUGAUACUACGAAAAUUUGUCGUUUUCAUUAUGUGUUUUAAUUUAAUUUGUAUCCAAGAUAAUUAAUCUGUGCCUCUUUCUGUUUACCUAAUUGUAGUUUAAUGUGCGUUUCCUUGAUUUUUUUACCUAAAAUUUAACCUAUUGAUUAACCAUGACUUCUGAAAUAAGCACAAGAAAUCCCCAAGAAGAAUAUGAGUUGAUCCAAAGAAUUGGUAGUGGCACAUACGGUGAUGUUUAUAAGGCCAAAAGACUUUCAACGUCAAGUUUAGCAGCUAUAAAAGUUAUAAAAUUAGAAGCAGGUGAUGAUUUUGUUAUUAUACAACAAGAAAUAUUGAUGAUGCAAGAUUGUCAUCAUCCAAAUAUCAUUGAGUAUUAUGGUAGCUAUUUACGUAGGGAUAAAUUGUGGAUUUGUAUGGAAUAUUGUUCUGGAGGAUCAUUGCAAGAUAUAUACCACAUAACUGGACCAUUAAAUGAAUUGCAAAUAGCCUACAUGUGCAGAGAAACCCUUAAGGGCUUGGCUUAUUUACAUACUAUGGGCAAAAUGCAUAGAGAUAUUAAAGGUGCCAAUAUAUUACUAACAGAAAGUGGUGAUGUAAAAUUAGCUGAUUUUGGGGUGUCUGCACAAAUUACUGCUACUAUUAAUAAACGAAAAUCAUUUAUUGGAACACCAUACUGGAUGGCUCCAGAGGUGGCAGCUGUAGAAAGAAAAGGAGGUUAUAAUCAGUUAUGUGAUAUUUGGGCUGUGGGUAUCACUUCAAUUGAAUUGGCCGAGUUACAGCCUCCUAUGUUUGAUUUACAUCCUAUGAGAGCUUUAUUUCUUAUGUCCAAAAGUGGUUUUAAGCCUCCAACUUUGAAAGAAAGGGACAAAUGGAGUCCUACAUUCCACAAUUUCAUUAAAGUAGCAUUAACAAAAAAUCCCAAAAAAAGGCCAACAGCUGAUAAACUAUUAAUGCACUCUUUUUUUUGUCAAGAGAUGAAUAAAAGACUAGCAAUAGAUCUUUUACAAAAAGCAAAUAAUCCACAAGUACAAUCUUUUAUAGAUAUAGAUCCUGAUGAUGAUAUAAUAUCCAAUGUUCCUCGCCGUAUCGCAUCAAGAGUGACUGUUGAUCAUAGAGAUAUUUCUGAUAAUUUUUCAAAUAUGUCACAUAGAAACAAGAAUGAUUCUGCUACAAUUUUAGACACAAGAAAUUUAGAAAAUAACAAGAAAAGUGUUUUACGAAAUAAUGACUGUGAUAAUUCUGGAGGAUUAGACUGUACUUCGACUGAAAAGAGUCUUCUGCAAAACAUUGAUGAAGAACUUAAACUGAGAGGAGAAUAUAAUUGUGUUUUUUAUGAAGAUAGGAAUAGAAGUUAUGAAGAUGUAUCUACAUUACCAAUGCCUGAAAAACGUUGUAUGCCUCUUUCAUCUAGUCAAAAUAACCCCAUAAUCAACAAAGGCUGUGUAUAUCAAAACUUAAAGAAUAGUCCUUCUUCUCCUAGACGACACAAUUCUCUUGAUGAAAUCUUAGCACUUGCUACUUCAAGUAUUUCUAUAAAUGGACGUCAAAGGUCUUUUAGUGAUAGUGGAGGAGAAGGUCCUGAACCUGAUUUGUUAGCUGAUACUCCUCCUGUUCCUCCUCGUCGUAGGGACCGUAAACGUCGUACGUCUCCUCCAAAACCCAUCAGUAAUGGUUUGCCGCCUACACCUAAAGUUCAUAUGGGUGCAUGCUUUUCUAAGGUGUUCAAUGGUUGUCCUUUAAAAAUAUAUUGUACUGCAAGUUGGAUACAUCCAGAAACUAGAGAUCAGCAUGUAUUUAUUGGAGCUGAAGAAGGCAUAUAUAACCUAAAUUUAAAUGAAUUGCACGAAACUGCAAUUGAUCAAUUAUAUAAUCGAAGAACUGUUUGGUUGUAUGUCAUUAAAGAUAUACUCAUGUCACUAUCAGGGAAAACAACUCAAUUGUAUAGACAUGAUCUUUUAGCAUUACAUGGGAAGCAAACUCAUAGAUUUUCCCAGCACAUGACAAAAUUUCCUGAGCGUUUAGUACCAAGGAGAUUUGCUUUAACCACUAAAGUACCAGAUACAAAAGGUUGUAUAAAGUGUUGUGUUGGACGCAAUCCAUAUAAUGGGUACAAAUAUUUAUGUGGAGCCAUGACAAGUGGCAUUUUUAUUAUGCAAUGGUAUGAUCCUCUUAAUAAAUUUAUGCUGUUAAAACAUUUUGAAUGUUCUUUGCCAUCACCUUUAAAUAUUUUUGAAAUGGUUAUUACUCCUGAGUUAGAAUAUCCAUUAGUCUGUGUUGGUGUUAAAAAGCCAAUUGGGCCUGUUAGAAAAUCAAUGAAUUUAAAAUUAGAACUUAUAAAUGUUAAUACUGGUGCUAGUUGGUUUUGUUCUGAUGAUCAGUAUGAUUCAGAUAACACAGGAACAGUUAUACAAAGAAGAGACAUAAUGGACGUAGUUUGUGUUUGCCAACUAGAUACUGACUCUUUUCUUAUAUGUUAUAAAAAUGUUAUAAAAAUCAUUAAUUUGCAAGGAAAUAUAAAACAAGAAAGAAAUCAAAUAAAUCAACUUUACUUCGAUUUUGAUGUUGAGUCAAUAGUCCGUUUGUCUGAUAGUAUACUUGCAUUUCAUAAAUAUGGAGUGCAAGGACGAAGUUUAAAAAAUGGUGAAGUUACUCAAGAGAUUGUUGAUAAGAGUAGAACUUACAAACUUUUAGGAUCAGAUAAAAUUUUAUUAUUGGAGUCUCACAUGGUAUCAAAAAAAAAUGAUGAUGGUGCUGAUUUAUACAUUCUUGCUGGACAUGAAGCCAGUUAUUAAUCCAAUUUUAUUACAUUACUGUAUUAUCUCAUUUUUUUGUUAUUCAUUCAAUUAGGAAUUAAUACAUAAUAAUGUUGGUGAAAUAUCAUUUUUACAUUAGAAUGAAUUGGUGUGGCAUCAUAUAAUUAGCAUAUUGUGUCCUAAAUCAUAUGUAUUUAAAUAUAAAUGAAGAAGUUUAUGAUACUCUAUUUUGUUGACAUUCGAUUAGAUCAUAAUAUAUUUAUAUAAUAUAUCUUAAUAUAUUUAUAUACUUAGUAUCAUUAAGUGAAAUGAUUUUAUAAAUUAUCUGUUUACCUGUUAAAUAUAAUACCACAAAAACUAGUAGGUUGUGAAAAAAAUAAUUUUGUGGAUUAAAUUUAAUGUCCUUUAAUUCAUACUCCGGUUUAUUAAUAAAAUAAGAAAUUAAAUAUUUAUUAUUUGACUCAUAAAUCAUUUAAAUUUUGAGAGAAUUUAAAGAAAAUUUGCAUAAAAAUUAAUUCAAUGUAACUUAAUGAGUUAAUAAUUGAUUGUAUAUAUUUUAAUUUCUAUAAAAUUGUAAUUAUUUGACUGAUAUUAACAUUCCCUUUUUUGUAGCAUACAUUUUUAGUUAAAUAAACAUUUUAAAAAUAAAAUAAAAUACUUAAAAAAUAUAGGCCUACUUUUACAUUGUUCGUUUUUAUAUAUUUUAAUGGAAUUUCUUUUUUUUAAUUAUUUCUCUUUCAAAAUAAAUGAUAAUAUACGUUUUUCCCUUAAAUCCAUUUUCAUUCAAUGUAAUAAGUAUUUUAAAUGCAAGUACAAAUUAAUAAUAAAACAGAUUUAUGUAUAAUGUUAUAAUUUUAUAAUAUAUAGAUUAAGUUAGACAAAGUAUAAUUGGCCUUACAUUCACUUGUAUUUUUUUUCAUUAACUACAUCAUUUUACUUGUAAAUUUCAUUUGUAACCAUAUUAUAUAAUUAUUUAGUUAUACAAUUGAUUGUUACCACAUUUUAAUACUAGUGUCACUGUUAAAAUUUAUAAAAUAAUAAGAAAGAUGUUGUAAAUUGGAAAUCUAAAUCAUUUAACUGUUAGAAAUUAUUAUAUAAUAUAUACAUAUUAUGUAUGAUUAUGACA